AUGAGUAUCUCCAAAUUCAAAACCGUAACUAUAGCUGGAGGUACGAAUAAAGUAGACCAUAUUAUAGCUGAGGCAUUUUUGGAUGAUGGCUCCUAUCAAAUUAAAAUUCUUCGACGGAAGCCAGAAAAUGAUAAUAAAAUGGCUAAAUCAUUGGCUUCCAAGGGAGCAGAAAUCGUAUACGUGGAUUAUAAUGAAAAUUAUAAUCUUGUUAAAGCACUUAAAGGAACCGAUGUUCUUAUUAGUGCUUUAAAUGUCGAUCUUGACGGUGCGACCUAUUGUAAUACUCAAGCACCAGCCAAAGAUGCCUCAGUAAAAAGGUUCAUCCCAUCCGUAAAGAUGAAGGUUAAAGCUCAUCCAAUCACGGAUAAUAAAAACAAAUUUAGAGAUUAUGUAGAAGAAAGUGGUCUCGAAUAUACGUAUAUUUAUUUCGGACUACUCCAAGAACAUAUUCUUCGGUGUGGAUUUGAUAUCAAAGAGAAGAAAGCUACAUUCUAUGAUGAUGUUAGCAAAAAGAUUCCCACCACUUCUUUUUCCGAUUUUGGUAAAUAUACCGUAGAGUCACUUAAAACGCCAGAAGCUCGUAAUUCUGAAAUUACUGUUGCUGGCGCGAACAUGUCUCUAAAUGAGUACAUUGAUAUAUUUGAAAAGGUUUCUGGUGAGUACAUAUUUAUUUAA